AUGCGUGAGAAUUCUCCUGGAGAUAUUUCAGCUGAUUAUGGUGAUAGUUCUAGCGAUAAUGAGAAUGCGGACAUUGGGUGGGUGGAAAUUGGCAGCAAAGAAGAGCCAAGUGAAGAAGAAGAAAUUGAGGAAAAUCCAAGUGAAGAAGAAGAAGUUGAGGAAGAGACAAGUGAAGGUGAAGAGGUUGAGGAAGAUUUAGACGAGGAUGAAGCACAGGAAGUAGAUUCAUGUGAAGAGCCAUAUGAAGAUUCUUGUAGAGCAGAUGAAGAAAAAUUAUGUGAGCAGGAAAUAGAUGAAGUUCCUUCAUGUGAGGUAGAUCCAGAUUCAUUUGAUAGUUUAGUGAAGACAUUUCAGCACAGGGAGAACCCAAUCAAGCGGAUUCGUGUGGAGGCCUGA